CGGGAGCAGCCUAAUUAUUGACAGAUGCUGCGACUGUGACUUUUCUCCCUGCUCGCAGAGGUCUCAGGACAAUGAUGGAGCUAAUGAGCGUGACGCCUUUCUACAACAUUAACAGUUCAGAGCCCACCUUUGCGAACGGCACGUUGUACGAGGACGAGGACGAGUAUGACUACAAGGACGACCACGUCGAGCUGAGGCAGUCCCUCAACAUCAUGUCUCUCAUCGUUUACUGCCUGGCUUUUGUCCUCGGCGUGCUGGGCAACGGCGUGGUUAUCUGGGUGACAGGAUUCAAGAUGAAGAAGACGGUCAACACGGUCUGGUUCCUCAACCUCGCCGUGGCUGACUUCCUCUUCACGGCGUUCCUUCCUUUGAGCGUGACGUACACGGCUAUGGAUUUCCACUGGCCUUUCGGCAAGUUCAUGUGCAAGCUAAACAGUACCAUCAGCUUCCUCAACAUGUUCGCCAGCGUCUACAUCCUGAUGGUGAUCAGCAUCGACAGGUGCGUGUCGGUGGUGUGGCCCGUUUGGGCUCAAAACUACAGAAGUGUCCAGAAGGCGUCCUGUGUGAGUCUUGCCGUUUGGAUGCUGGCUCUGAUUCUAAGCACUCCAUACUUCAUCUUCAGGGACACGGGACCCUCGUAUAACAAUGAAGAAAUCAUCAACUGCUUCAACAACUUUGCAUUCUCGGACGACUACGUGACACCUCACGUGACCCAGCUGCGGUUCUUCCGCCAUCAGGCCAUGACCAUGACCCGCUUCUUUCUGGGUUUUGUUGUCCCAUUCACCAUCAUCGUCUCCUGCUACGCUGUGAUAAUCCAUCGUCUCCGCAGGAAUCGAACCCUCGCCAGCCAAUCAAGUCGCCCCUUUAAGAUCAUCGCCGCCGUUAUCGCCACUUUUUUCUUAUGUUGGGCUCCCUAUCAUAUCCUGGCUCUGAUUGAGCUGGUGAAUCACAUGUCUGUCUAUGAGAGCGACAUACUCGACCACGUCAUCACUAUCGGGGUCCCCAUAGCAACCAGCCUGGCUUUUCUCAACAGCUGCCUCAAUCCACUGCUCUACGUGUUCAUGGGUCAAGAUUUUAAGGACAAAGUGCGUAAAUCCAUCCUUAAAGUACUUGAAACUGCCUUCCAGGAAGAGAUGUCCCGCUCGUACACUUACACAAACUCAAUGGUCACCAGUCGAAGCAAAGAAAAGUCAGUCUCUGAAGCCGAGGUGUAAAGCUGUCCAUGCUCAUGCUAAAGACUCCAAUUGUACAUAGCCAGUGAAAUUGUAUAUGACAAAAUAAACAUUGUAUUCUGUUCUGUUUCCAUGACUACGUUUACAUGCACACAAUAUUCCUGUAUUAACUGGAAUACAUGUAAACACUCUUUCAGAUGUAAGGUCAUUUUACGAUGAGUAAAAAACAGUUU